AUGUUAUUGUUCAAAUCGACCAGCACAGCAACUAUUGAUCUAACGAAAAGUGAGGAUUUUCAACAUCGUACGUCGCAGAAACAACAGUCAAAUCCUAUGUUAGAAACCAUCAAUGGAAAUCUAGAUGAUGUAAAUCCAAUAGCUCCGUUUCGACAACAUCCAUGGGUUGCAGCCGCGGAUAAUCUUGAGAUGAAGCACAUCGUGAAAAAAAGAUGUACUAAUGGAUGUCGAUCUGCACGUCAUAGUCAUAAUCACCGUCGUCAUCAUCAUAGUCAUCACCAUUCGUCAAACCCAUACCCUAAUUCUAUGGGAAACCCAUAUCCUAAUUCUAUGGGAAAUCCAUAUCCUAAUACUUGGGGUAAUUCAUAUCCUAAUACUUGGGGUAAUUCAUAUCCUAAUACUUGGGGUAAUUCAUAUCCUAAUAAUUGGGGUAAUUCAAAUCCGAAUUCUUGGAUGAAUUCAUAUCCGAUUGGAAUCCCACCUUUUCAACCACGAUAUCGCCGAUCACUCUCGAUAUUCGAUUAA